AUGAAUUUCAUUAGUAACAAUGACGAGUUAUACAUUAACGAAUUUAUAUGUGGUAGUUACAACAACAAUAACAUGUUUUCUCCCAUGCAAUCACCUGUUACUCCGAUUGCUACAACUUUGAAGCAUGAAAAUACUUCUUUACAUCUAAUUUGUGACCCUGUCAUUACGCAAAUUGGUGAAGAAAAACCUCAAAUGUUAUCACCCCCCGCCACACCGCAUUCAACACCACAUCAUCCAUCGCGUCAUAUUUUAUCAUCUGUAGAAACUCCUAAAAAAAGUCCAAUUACAAAAUCACUCAAGGUUAAUGUUAGCAACAAUAAUGUUGCUACUUCUACUAAUACUGUUGAUGCUGCUGUUGCCGAAGUUUCUUCUCCAGCACUUUCUUCUUCUACUGUUACAACAACUACUGCCAGUACUGCUCCAAUUAAAGUAACUGCAACCACAAAUGAUCAAGAAGAAGAAAAUUUGAACCCUAAACAAAUUAAUCGUAUUAUAAAAAGAAGAAUUGCUCGUGAAAAGUUUAAGAAAAAACAUAACAUUCCCAAACAACGCAAAGUAAGUUAA